CAGUUUCCUUGCAGACAAAGCAAAGUUAUGUUCUCUGUUUAGGUGUGAAGAGGAAAAAAAAAAUGACAAUCCAGUGGGUGGCGGUGGCAUCUUUCCUUUAUGCUGAAAUAGGACUCAUUUUAAUCUUCUGCCUGCCUUUCAUUCCUCCUCAGAGAUGGCAGAAGAUUUUCUCAUUUAGUGUCUGGGGUAAAAUUGCAAGCUUCUGGAACAAGGCUUUCCUCACCAUUAUAAUCCUAUUGAUUGUUCUGUUUCUAGAUGCGGUGAGAGAAGUACGGAAAUACUCCUCUGCCCAUGCCGUUGAGAAGGGCACAGCCACCAAGCCUGGGACCUUUGAACAUACACAGAUGAAACUGUUUAGGUCUCAAAGAAAUCUGUACAUCUCUGGAUUUUCAUUGUUUUUUUGGCUAGUGCUGAGACGUCUGGUUACACUUAUAACUCAGCUGGCAAAAGAAAUGUCGAACAAAGGAGUACUUCAAAGUCAAGCCGAAAAUACCAACAAGGCUGCCAAAAAAUUCAUGGAAGAGAAUGAAAAACUGAAAUGGAUCUUGAAAAGCCAUGGCAAGGAUGACGGAAACGUGUUGGAAAAAGAGAACAAAAAACUAGUGGAAGACCAGGCAAAACUGAAAACCGAAUUAAAGAAGACUUCAGAGGCUCUUUCUAAGGCACAAAAUGAUGUUAUCACAAUGAAGAUGCAAUCGGAGAGACUUUCAAAAGAAUAUGAUCAACUCCUGAGAGAACACGCAGAACUUCAGAAUCGUUCAGAAAAAGUCAAUAAGAAAGGCCAGUGAUGUUUAUAAAAGAAGAUCAUGAUACAUCGUGUCAAGAGGAUAAAUUUGUUAUCAUGUUAGCCUUUAGAAAAUUUAAAACUUAGAAAAAUGCACUGUGAUUGGCCAACAAUAUUUUUUAUUGCCACA